AGCGUCACGAGUUUAUGACAAUAUUGGUCAUGGGGACAUGAGAUGAGGAGGAAAACAGAGAGCUAGCUUGAAUUGGUCUUUUGCUAAGUUUUCUUUGUUUUGCAGGUGGACAUUUUCGCUUAGACAAUGGCCAACAUUACGAAGAAAGUGUCUUGGUCCAGCCGGGCUGACGACUCGAACGCGACGGGGGAAGGAACGCCGCUGCUCAACGGUUCGGAGCAGCUCGGGUACUCCAGACAGCAGUCUGGAGGAAGCAUAUCUCAGAUAGGCAGAGUCAGCACGGUGAAUAUGGAUGAAGAAAUUACGUCAGAGGAGGACUCGUUAAAGGGCCGGCCCAAAGAGAUCACGCACAACGAAAAGCUUUUGUCGCUCAAGUACGAGAGCCUGGACUAUGACAACAGUGAGAACCAGCUCUUCCUGGAGGAAGAGCGCAGGAUGAGCUAUCUAGGUUUCCGCUGUCUGGAGAUCAGCCGCUGGGUGGUGUGUGGUCUCAUCGGCUUCCUGACCGGACUCAUCGCCUGCUUCAUCGACAUCAUGGUGGAGCAGCUGGCUGGACUCAAGUACUACGUGGUCAAAGAGAAUAUUGAGAAGUUCACCGCUGGGGGAGGUCUGUCCAUCUCCCUCAUCCUGUGGGCCGUCCUAAACUCUGCCUUCGUUAUGGUGGGAGCCAUCAUAGUGGCCUUCUUCGAGCCUAUAGCCGGUGGAAGUGGCAUACCUCAGAUUAAAUGUUACCUGAACGGGGUCAAGAUUCCUCGGGUGGUCCGUCUGAAGACCCUGUUGGUGAAGGUCGCGGGGGUCAUCUGCUCCGUAGCUGGAGGACUCGCGGUUGGAAAGGAAGGCCCCAUGAUCCACUCGGGGGCUGUGGUGGCAGCGGGGGUCUCCCAGGGCCGCAGUACGUCCUUGAAACGGGACUUCAAGAUCUUUGAGUAUUUUCGAAGGGACACAGAAAAAAGGGAUUUUGUUUCUGCUGGAGCUGCAGCCGGUGUCUCAGCUGCUUUCGGAGCGCCUGUUGGGGGCGUUCUGUUCUCCCUGGAGGAGGCAGCCUCCUACUGGAACCAGAUGCUGACCUGGAGGAUAUUCUUUGCCUCCAUGAUCUCGACCUUCACUCUGAACUUCUUCCUGAGCGUCUACAACAAAAACCCGGGGGAAUUGUCCAAUCCCGGUCUCAUCAACUUCGGGAGCUUCGACAGAAACAGUUCCUCGGAGUAUAACCUCUACGAAAUACCUCUCUUCAUCGGCAUGGGAGCUAUAGGUGGGCUUCUGGGCGCGCUGUUCAACGCUCUGAACUACUGGCUGACCAUCUUCAGGAUCAGGUACAUCCACCGGCCCUGUCUCCAGGUGAUGGAGGCCAUGCUGGUGGCGGCCGUCACGGCCACCGUGUCCUUCAUCAUGAUCUACUUCUCCAACGCCUGCCAGCCACUGGACGUCGUCCAGGGGGAGGACUAUCCCCUGCAGUUAUACUGUGACGACGGUGAAUACAACUCCAUGGCCACCACCGUCUUCAACAGGCCAGAGAAGAGCCUGCAAAACCUCUUCCACAAUCCCCCAGGCUCCUACCACCCGCUGACGCUGGGCAUGUUCACCAUCACCUACUUCUUCCUGGCCUGCUGGACCUACGGGCUGGCGGUGUCGGCGGGGGUCUUCAUCCCCUCGCUGCUCAUCGGGGCGGCGUGGGGCCGGCUGAUCGGCAUCAUGCUGCCCACCCUCUCCUCCACCAACGCCACGGGUCAGAUCUGGGCCGAUCCAGGGAAAUACGCUCUGAUUGGCGCUGCUGCUCAACUCGGGGGCAUCGUGAGAAUGACCCUGAGUCUGACCGUCAUCCUGAUCGAGGCCACGGGCAACGUGACGUACGGCCUGCCCCUCAUGCUGGUGCUCAUGACGGCCAAGAUAGUGGGGGACUACUUUGAGGAGGGUCUGUACGACAUCCACAUCAAGCUGCAGAGUGUUCCCUUUGUGCACUCUGAGGCCCCCCCCACUUCUCAUUGGCUGACGGCCAGAGAGGUGAUGAGUUCCCCGGUCACGUCCUUCAACCGCGUCGAGAGGGUGGGCACGAUCGUCGACCUGCUUAGCAACACCUCCACCAAUCACAACGGCUUCCCCGUUGUCGUGAGCAACGCCAACGGAGAGGAGCCGGCGAAGCUGUGCGGCCUCAUCCUGCGGUCCCAACUCAUCGUCCUCCUCAAGCACAAAGUGUUUGUGGAGCUGGCGCGCUCCAAGCUGACCCGCAGGAAGCUGCAGCUGAAGGACUUCCGGGACGCCUACCCCCGCUUCCCCCCCAUCCAGAGCAUCCACGUGUCCCAGGACGAGAGGGAGUGCAUGAUGGACCUGACGGAGUUCAUGAACCCCACGCCCUACACUGUGCCUCAGGAGACGUCUCUGCCUCGAGUGUAUAAGCUGUUCCGAGCCCUGGGACUGCGCCACCUGGUGGUGGUGGACGAUUCCAACAGGGUGGUUGGACUGGUGACUCGGAAGGAUCUGGCCAGAUACCACCUGGGUAAACAUGGGCUGGAGGAGCUCCAGCUGGCCCAGACAUAGAGCAUGGAGCCGGAAGCUUCUCCCAUGGACUCAGGUCUGCAUCAACAGCACCACCUUCACAGGUUGCCUAGUAACACGUUGCCCCUCAUUCGACUCUAAUAUCUGGGUCACCGAGACUUUGGAAAAAGACUGCACUUUUUUUAAGGCAAAGUACGAAGUUGUAUUUAUUAUUGAAAGAGAAAAAAAGUGUUUUGUAGCUGAGCAACAUGAAUAAAACUAGUCUUGUUUGUUAAUUUGCAACAAAUUUAAUUACAGUUUGUUUUAGUUCAAUUUCGGCUGUCAAGUCUCUGUUGGUAUCGCCCAGACAAUUUGUCAGAAUAGAAAAAGUAAAGUCAAGCUUCCCUUAUAGUUUUUAGUUUUUUAUUGAAAUAGUUUCGGUUAAAAUCCUGAAUUAGCCCCGUUGUGCGGUCCCAUUGUCGUGCCCCCUGGUCCUGAAUCCCUUUCCAGCCUCUGCUUCAGUCAGACCAGCUCCAUAGGAGUCUUCACUUCUUCCUCUUCUUUUCAUCUGGUUUUGCACUGCAUUGGGAGGAGCCUUUAUUUAUUGUAAGUUAUUGGAGGGGUGGGCUGAGCCAGUGGGUCAGUAGUGAUCUCUCCUCAUUACUGACACCCUUUUUAAAGGGGUGCUCCCACAAUUGUACACAUUGAAGCUCCCGUUGGGGUACUAUGCGACCGUAGCCUGAUCGAGGCCACAACCGCCUGCAGUUAAAUACUGUUCUCUCUGCCAGCUGAUAAAGUAGCUGGCAGAUGGGUUAUUGGUGUCUCCUAUUAUGUAAUACAACUAAUAUCAAAGAUUGUAUUGUAGAUUGUAAAAAAAAAGGCGCCCAAAUUAUUUCAAGACUCUUUCCCUCUGCCCAAAUGGAGCCUCGAUGUGUUUAAUCGGGUGAGUGCCUUUUUAGACAGAAGAAGGCUUCAUUCGUCUAAGCUUAAUAAGCUUUAGUUUUCUUUCUAUUGACUGGCAGUGGGAGCAGAAAGGCGAGGGCAGAGCUCAGUGUUUAUUGUCAAACAUAUUUGCUUGACAUAGAAGCUACUGAGUUGCACAGUUGCUAUACAGCAUGGACACCAUCUCCAAUCACGUAUUUGGCUCAAAUGAAUCUCUUGGCGUUGUUCCAUUGGCUCUUUUUGCCGUGUCGGGCCUUUCUGAUUUGCGUUUUCACCACCACUGGAACUUGAACAAUAUUGAAGAUGCUCGAUGUCAUUGUGUGUCGCCUUCCGUCUGAAACAACCCUAAUAUGUGAAUCGCGUCUUAAAACGAAUCAAUCCGAUAUCAUGGUAGACUAUAGAACUAAAAGGGUGGUAAGGUUCGUUAUGGCAAACACAACUCAAGCGUGUCAUCAGUUAAGAACAUAAGGGGCGAGCAUGUCCUACCUUCACACUGGAAGCCCGGUUGUAAUGGAGAAGCUACUUCCAGCCGUGCAGGGCUGCAGUACGUACCAAACUGAUCAUGUAUAGUACGGAUGGAUAAGCGCCACAAGGUGACGGUUUUGACAUCACCUUGAGCCACCAUUUGAGCCAAUCGGUUCACAGCAACCAUUUCUUUCCACAGAGAUGUCAUCAUAGGUCAAACACACCUUUCAAAGUUCAGCCCACUCUGAAUAAUCUGUGUUUUAAUUCAUUUGUUCGACUCCUUGUUGUCACAAAGGUACGGUUUACAUUGAGCUGGUUUAGUCGUUUUGGUCAUUGUUCUACUUGACUACAUUUGAUAAUUUUUCAAUGAAACUUUUCUGUGUUUAAUUUAAGUUGUGAUUUGCAUAAACGAUGCCCCAAUUGCCACAUUGUCCCGUUGUACAGAUAUGUUCAAAGUAUAGACGAUGGUGGAUGGUUUUAUUUUAUGGCUCAAUCAGCAUUUGUUUGUGAACUAAUAAAGUUAUUGGUUGUUAAUAAUUUCCCCCCUGAUUUACUUGUUCACUAACUAUUAAUAAGCGGCUGCAUCUGUAACGAGCAUUAACUCUCUUCAGUUCAGUAAAGGUAGAUGUUGUAUCGGCACAUUUUGUUUUGUGUUUUUAGGUUCAGAAAUGAAUAAAACAGUUUUUUCCAGACAUGAGUGGUUGUUGUUAAGAAAACGGUUUACUGUGGUUUAAAAUAAAUGAAACGAUUCUCUAGUGUUGAAUCUAAUUGAUGGCUACUCUGUUAUAUGCUGUAUGCAGCUGCAAGGGCCUUUCUACCCAUACCAGGGACGAUGGUUAGGUUUCUCUGUGCCUUCCUAAACAAGAAUAAUGUCGUCGAAUGGGCAGAACAUCUGAACAAGGGGAGGAUGAGGGUAUCAGGAGCUUUAUGGAUCAUUCAUUGUGCCAGCGAUGGAAACCAACCACGCCAGAGAAGGAAGUCCUAAAACUCAUCCAUCAGUGACAUUUUGAGGCUGGCUAUCGGUGAAAGCUAGAGGUCCAAGGACCAGUUUAUCUCCUCCUGGAUCACCUUGUCACAACAGAUUUUAAAGACGCAUAGAGAAUAAAACAGCAGCGAGUGCUGUACUCAUCUCAUAAUUAUUUAAUUAAAGUGUAAAAGUGAUUAAUAUUUAUUUUGGAAUUCUAAAGUACUGUGUGACGAGGGGUAUUCCAAGCUUACCUGUUAGCGACAUUUAUUAACCCUAAUCAAUCGAUAUCAGUCAGGCUCUUACCGGUCAUUCGUGAUAUCUGAGCUGCUCUGCUCACAGGUUGAGCUGCUACUAAAGGGACACGAGAGUGCCAUCUCGUAGCCUACAUUCUACAGUCGUUAGUCCGUGGCGGACUCAGACUGUUUGAAGGGCAGGGGCGAAUAAAUGAAAAAGGGCCCAUUCUGCACAACGUGGGGCGCAAACAGCGGGCGAAAAGCUAGGGCACUUUCUCUUGCAUUCGCCACUCUAGGGUAGAUGGCGCUUUUUCAACCAUGGGGGCACUGUAAGGGCAUCAAGAGGGCA